CCACGGGGAUUAGAUGUCACCGCGAGCCGCACGAGUCAUCUCAACUAGCUCUGGUGAAAUUUUCUCCCCAUGCUUCUAGAGGUUUUCUAGAAAAGCUUAUAGAAACUGUUCUUCCCCUUUUCCAAAUAAAGAGAAUGUAAUAGAUCUUCUGUAGAAUAUUAGAACAGUCUUUUGGCAGAAGGCUUGAGGGAAACCGAGUUCACACAUUCUGCUCCCUUAUGGAACAAAUAUAAUGUGCGGAGAAAUUCCCUGUAGAAUUCUCUACAUAGCUAUGUUUAAAAUAACAUAGUUGUUAUUUUAAAAGUGAAGGUUUCCAAAUUCAGCACCCUGGGGGACUUCUUUUUGGCAUUUUGCUAGUGAGCAGGAUAUGUGAUGCCAUUAAGUUAGCCUAUACCAAAAAUCAUUUCCUGAAAAGACUAUUCUAGAACACAACGUUUUUUUUUUGUUUUUGUUUUUGUUUUUUUCCAGAAUAGGAUAAUACUUCCCUUACGUAGUACUUCACAGAAGAACACUAAUUUUCUGGAGCAUGGGGAAUCAUUAAAAAAAAAAAUGAUAUGUAGGUAAGUAGGUAGAUUAGAUUAGAUGAAUAGGAUUUCAUAUUUCAGAAAUACUGGAUUAAUAAAACCUAACCAGUUUUCUUGAUUGUGGGUCUUCUUGGAGCUUCCAACUUGUCAUUAUGCCAUGUGGAUCUCUAAGUGACGGGUAGAGAUGAACAUACAGGUUUUUCCAAACACAUUUGCUUAUGAAACCCCCUUCCCCCUCUAGAGUAUUCUGUGGAACUUUGGCCUCAUGGAAAAACAAUCUGAAGAAUAAUCUAUGCUUAAUGACUGUUUAGAAUAUUUUUCUUGUCAGAAUUUUUAGUUUAGGUAAGGCCAAAGCAAUUAGAUAAAACUAGAUACGACAUAAAGAGAAAAUAGCAUGAUUCUUGGCUACUUAAUGUAUUUGGAAUAAAUUUAUGUUUUAUAAUUAGUUUCAUUAUUCACUAUGGGGUAUUUUUUUAUGUCCAACAAGUUAAUUUACCCUGGGUUUGAAUAACCAAACUGAUAAAUUAUGAGUUUUUAUUGCCUAAAUUGACAAUAAAGCUUUUUUUUGAGAAAUAUACUUUUAAUUAUGUAAUCGAUAACACAUACUCCAUUAUAAAUAGUGUUAUAAUUUAUUUUUCCAAAAUUUUCCAGGCGUGUAGUACACAUUGAGGAAUACAUAAAUAGUGAAUAUUUUAUAAUAUAAAGACUAGUGAAUUUAUAAAAAUUGACACAAUGGGCAGAAUGGAAGAGCAUAGUUAUUAUUUUUUUGAAACAGUGAUAUUUCUAGAAUUCUUAAAUGAUAUAUCAACCUAUGUUAACUGCAACUUCUUGUAUUUAAUGAUGUUUACAAUUAAAAUAAUGCAAUAGCAAUAUAAGAGUAAUGAUCAUAAUUAACUCAGAAUAGAUUCUUUAAGGUGGUUCAAAGGGUUUUUCAUAAUAAAUUACUAGCCUUUAAUCAGCUAAUUAAAGUUAGUAUCUUUUAGAAUGUGAGAAGUAUGUUUUUGUGUCAUAAAAAAUUUAAUCUAGAUUAACAAGACAAGUUUGAAUGAUACAGAUUCACUAUACCAAAUCUGAGAUAUGUCUGAUGUUCCAGCAAAAGCUUUAUUUAGAGGGAGCUGGGAAAUCUUUGAGAUAACAGGCUUUGGACGUGUUAUCUUGAGUGUUACAUUGUGGAGUUGUUUUCCCACAAUCUUUAAGUCUUUUUCAAACUAUUUUGUGAAUGAAUUAAAUUAGUGAAAUAUAAAUAAAUGGUCUCUUUUGGAUUGCUUACCCAGAUUAGAGAAUGUUGACUUUAAAAGGUCACAAAAUUGAAUUUUGCCUGUUGGACCGGUAUUUCCACUUGGGAGGCUAGUCCUGGCUGACCUCCACAAUUCCAUCCAUCCACUCACACGCAGUCAUGAUAAGAGCGUGAAGUGUGAGCUAAAUAGGGAUGAGGCCUGGGCAAGGUCAUUUCUGCCAGAACACCAGAGACUCCAAGAGCUCAAGGGUGCUAUAGUACAGAGAAAGGGGGUGUCCUCAUGAAUUAAAAAAAAAAAAAGAAAAGAAAAAAGAAAGAGAGAAAAGAAGAAAAAAAAAAACCCCUCUAUACACAGAGUAAAAAUGAGGGUCCUUGUAUUUGAGGAUGUAAAAGAUGAAGCAGAAGAGGGAAAAACAGAGGAAGAGGAAGAUGAAGACGACAUGGUGUUCUUCAAGCCUGUUAUUGAAGACCUAAGGAUGGAAUUGGCCAAAAAAUGCACCAAGCUCAUUAGUGAUAUUCAUUAUAAAGAAGAAUAUAAAAAGUCCAAGGACAAGUGUACAUCUGUGACUGACACUCCCAUGCUAAACCAUGUAAAAAACAUUGGUGCUUUUAUUUCUGAGGCAAAAUACAAAGGCACCAUUAAGGCGAACCUCUCCAAUUCUCUUUAUAAGCAGAUGCCAGCCACAAUCGAUAGUGUCUUUGCAAGAGAAGUUACGCAUCUUCAGAGUGAGGUUGCCUAUAAGCAGAAACACGAUGCCGCCAGAGGAUUCUCAGAUUAUGCCCAUAUGAAGGAACCGCCUAACGUCAGACAUGCCAUGGAGGUCAAUAAACACCAGAGUAACAUUUCUUAUAGAAAAGAUGUGCAGGACGCCCACACGUACAGUGCGGAUCUCAACAGACCAGACAUCAAGAUGGCAACACAGCUCUCCAAGCUCAUAAGCAAUGCAGAGUACAAGAAAGGGCAAGGAGUAAUGAAUAAAGAGCCUGCUGUGCUUGGAAGACCAGAUUUUGAACAUGCUGUGGAAGCUUCUAAACUUUCUAGUCAAGUUAAAUACAAAGAAAAAUUUGAUAAUGAAAUGAAGGAUAAGAAACAUCAUUACAAUCCUCUGGAAAGUGCUUCUUUUAGGCAAAGUCAGCUUGCCACCGCACUGGUGAGCGAUGUGAAGUACAAGAAAGACAUUCAAAGUAUGCACGAGCCAGUCUCAGGUCUCCCAAACCUGUUUUUAGAGCAUGCUUUGAAAACCAGCAAAAUGCUCAGCGGACACGAGUAUAGAAAGCUUUUUGAGGAAAACAAAGGAAUGUAUCAUUUUGACGCGGAUGCUGCUGAACACCUGCACCAUAAAGGCAAUGCCACGCUCCAGAGCCAGGUUAAAUACAAAGAAGAGUAUGAGAAAAAUAAGGGGAAAUCAAUGCUUGAAUUUGUUGAGACACCCUCAUAUCAAGCUUCAAAGGAGGCUCAGAAGAUGCGGAGUGAGAAAGUUUACAGAGAGGAUUUUGAGAAGGAGAUUAAAGGAAGGUCAUCACUGGAUUUAGACAAGACUCCAGAAUUUUUACAUGUAAAGUACAUCACCAACCUUCUGAAAGAGAAGGAAUAUAAGAAAGAUCUGGAAAAUGAAAUAAGAGGCAAAGGGAUGGAACUUAACCCAGACGUUCUUGAUAUUCAAAGAGCAAAACGUGCAUCUGAAAUGGCUAGUGAGAAAGAAUAUAAGAAAGACCUGGAGUCAAAAAUUAAAGGGAAGGGAAUGCAGGUUGGCACUGACACCCUUCAAAUACAACAUGCCAAAAAAGCUGCAGAGAUAGCUAGUCAGAAAGACUAUAAGAAAGAUCUGGAGACUGAAAUAAGAGGGAAGGGCAUGCAAGUGGGCCCAGACACUCCUGAUAUCCAGAGAGCCAAGAAAGCAUCGGAAAUGGCCAGCCAGAAAGAAUAUAAGAAAGAUCUGGAAAAUGAAAUUAAGGGGAAAGGAAUGCAAGUGAGCAUGGACAUCCUGGACAUACUACGAGCCAAGAGAGCAUCAGAAAUCUACAGCCAGAAAAAGUAUAAAGACGAAGCAGAGAAGAUGCUUUCUAACUAUAGUUCUGUGUUAGACACUCCUGAAAUUCAGAGAAUCAAGAUAACUCAACAAAACAUUAGUGCGGUAAAAUACAAAGAAGAGAUGCAUCAGGCAACAGCCAUUUCCGAUCCUCCAGAGCUAAAGAGAGCUAAAGAAAACCAGAAGAACAUCAGCAAUCUCCAGUACAAACAGCAAUGCCCCAAGGCCACACCGGUGAGCGUCACGCCGGAGAUGGAGAGGGUGAGGAGAAACCAGGAGGAGCUGAGUACGGUGAAAUACAAAGGAGAAACUAAACAGGCAACGGCCAUUUCUGAUCCACCAGAGUUGAAGAGAGUUAAAGAAAACCAGAAGAACAUCAGCAAUGUUCAUUAUAAAGGUCAACUGGGAAGAGCUACAGCUUUAAGCAUAACUCCUGAAAUGGAAAGAGUGAAGAAGAACCAAGAAAAUAUCAGUUCGGCAAGUGGUUUUAUCUGUUUUGGUCUGUUACAAAGGAUGCGUCCGUUAUUAUUUACUUGCAGUCCUGUUUGUCUUUUUUUUUUUUUUUUCUUUUGUGAAAAUAAAAAGUAUUUUCAAGCAACAUUUGUGAUACACGCAGUAAAAUAUACACAGGACCAUAAGCAGAUGAAAGGUAGACCAAGUCUGAUUUUAGAUACACCUGGUCUGAGAUAUGUCAAAGAAGCACAAAAUCAUAUUUCAAUGGUAAAGUAUCAUGAAGACUUUGAAAAGACAAAGGGAAGGGGCUUUACUCCUGUUGUAGAUGACCCCGUGACGGAGCGAGUAAGGAAGAACACCCAAGUGGUUAGCGAUGCGGCCUACAAAGGUGUCCAUCCUCACAUUGUGGAGAUGGACAGAAGACCUGGGAUCAUUGUCGACCUCAAAGUUUGGCGUACAGAUCCUGGCUCCAUCUUCGACCUUGAUCCCCUGGAAGACAAUAUUCAGUCUAGAAGUCUCCAUAUGCUUUCUGAAAAGGCGAAUCACUACAGGAGACUCCGUUCUCGGUCUCACUCGAGCAGUACUUUUGGUACAGGUCUGGGAGAUGACAAGUCAGAAAUAUCUGAGAUUUACCCUAGCUUUUCAUGCUGCAGCGAGGUAACCAGACCGUCGGAUGAAGGAGCGCCUGUUCUUCCUGGAGCCUACCAGCAAAGCCAUUCCCAAGGCUAUGGGUACAUGCACCAGACCAGCCUCUCAUCCAUGAGGUCAAUGCAGCACUCACCAAAUCUAAGGACCUACCGAGCCAUGUAUGAUUACAGUGCCCAGGACGAAGAUGAGGUCUCCUUCAGGGACGGCGACUACAUCGUCAACGUACAGCCCAUCGACGACGGCUGGAUGUAUGGCACGGUGCAGAGAACUGGGAAAACAGGGAUGCUCCCAGCCAAUUACAUUGAGUUUGUCAAUUAAUUCUCUCUCCUUGUCUUUGAGCUUUAUUCUAAUGUAUACUAAACCCAAUCUUUUUAAAAGAUAGAAGAUACUUUUAAGACAACUUGGCAGUUAUUUUACAAUAAUCUAUCUUCACUUUGACAAUGAGACACAUAGGUACCAGGAAAAAAGACUGACUUCUGGGCUCAGAACAGCAGCAUUUUCAGUAAUUCCUGUACACAAAACCUUAAGGUCUGGAGGCCCGGUGCUGCUAAUUGGGUUAAUGAUUUCCUUUGAUUGGCUAUCGAACACUUCUGGGAAAUGUAUUUUUGUAGACUUUAAUAGAGAUGUUGAUUGUCCCUUACACGUAACAAGUCUAUGAAACUUAUUAGCUGUCACUUUGGAAUCACCAGAAGCCAAUUCUUGUAAUUCAGUAACACAGCCAAUAAUUUAAAAACCAUUUAGCUUUUGAGUCAUUAGGGAAUUUCCAAUUCAAGUGAAAAUUGCCUAAUGUAAUAAAUGUCAGGAGUGGCAGAACGGCGAUUUGGUUAAAAUUAUAUUGACUGGUGGCCUUCGGGACCUAGAAACUUCUCCCAAACAAAGACAUUUCCUUGUUCCCUAGGAUUACUUGGGUCUCUUUGUUUCUCAUUUGUACCAAGGCAUAUCCUACUCUUCAUUUACAUUCUGUGGGUCCAAGUCUAUGCUUGACUCCAUAGAAUGUCAGGACCAAAUAAGGUCACAGCUACUCUGCAAAGGGCAAAGUUGAAGGUCAUCUCUAUUAUUUCCCUAAGGGCUUUGACCCUGUUGCAUGUCACGUAGGUUCAAGCUUCUGUAACAUAGGCAGCUGCACUGCCCAUCCCCAUAAUUAAAGCAACAAGUGCGGCUGAUAACCUAACAGCCCUCCCUUCUAGUAGCCUGCUCAUCAGAAAAACAUGUUUUUGAAAAGUUGCUUGAGAUUCUCCUGCUGCCUUGCACUCUAGUUUCGAAGGAUUUACACCUUUAGGAAAUAGACACCUACUCUAGCAAAUAAGUGAUUUAGGUAUUUACUGAGCAGCUUUCUUUAACAUAAUGCCGCUGUCAAUUUAAAAGUAAAGCUAACUAAACAGGAGCCAAAGACUACAAGGUGUGCGAGAGACACAACCAGUGAGCAAAACGUCACCCACUCCACAGAGAGAUGAUCAGGUUUAUGUGUGUGUGUGUGUGUGUGUGUGUGUGUGUGUGUGUUUCUGGAAAAUGCUAUUUACAUCCAGGAAUGGAAGUCCAGCCACUGAAACCAGUUAAUGGGAAAGACGUCUUUUCUACUUUCUUCUGGUUUUUACUUUCUAACCCAUAUUGGGUGGAGGAGGGGAGAUGAAAAUGCCGGCAGAAAUUUUAGAUCAAGGCCCAACAGGUUGUUCACUAAAAAAAGAAAUUGUUGUCCUAUCUUGAAUUUCAAAUGCAAGACCCUGCGGGCACUUUCUGGGUUCACCACAGAGCUGCAGCCUUGCUGGUGGGUCGUGAUGAUUGGCCUGUAGUCUGCAGUCAAGGUGGCUGGAGAAAUUAACGUCCAUCAGCCACUCUGUGUUUUUCUGAUGUAUUUAGACCUCAGCAGGGUAGCAUUCAUGUAGGGCUCGCCUCUGGAGUUGUAACAAAGAGGCUAAAAGCAAAGUUUAAAAAAUGUGAUAAAAUGUAUCGAUCUUGAGGCUAUCUCCUUUAGGUAACAUAGGCAAAGAAAUUAAGGAAAUAUCUUAUAAAAUACCUUUUACGGAAGUGUUUAGGAGUCCAGAAACAAAUGCUGAUUCGUUUAUGCUUGUGGAAAGUUAGCACCUACUUUUUGAAAAUCUAGAGUUUUAUUUUCUCUGGCUCAAAGAACAAAUAAGCUUUAUUACACUCAAGCUGCAUCUAUAGGAACUCACACAAAAAGAGAUUAAAGAAAUUCAGGUAGAAGACUAGAGAAUUUUUUGAGGGGUUUUUACAGAUUCCUUCAUACCCAGCGGGACUGAUUUUCUGGCAUUGGAAUGGGCAGUCAUGAUUAAAUUAACCCCUAUCUGUUUAGAUGUCUUGUCCACAAACCAACAAAGGCAAGCUAAACGCAACAUUCUUGCAAAAAAAAAAAAAAAAAAAAAGAUUCUGUGCAUUAAAACUGGGGCAAUAAACUUACUCAAUUUUAUAGUAUCAUUAAGCAAAUAUUUAUGUUUCACCCAGACCACUUUUUUUGUGAUUAGGAAAAAGAGUAGUUGUUGAUUAAAUUUUCAGACUAAAUGUAGGACAGGUACAAUUUUUGAGAAAUAGCACAUUUAUAGGAAGCUCAAAGGAAACGGAUUUGAAGUGAUACUUUUAAUUGGGGAAAAGUCCCAUAAAAUAGUAGUUGGUUGUUCCAUUGUCUUUCUCAUCUAUUAAUUUUAAAAUCAGAUUCAUGGAAUGUAGAAGUCAAUAAUUAUUAGGGGAAUAAUUCUAAAAUUUUUAGCUUCGCAUAAUGUUUGCGUAGCGAGAUGUUUCUUCUUCCAGCCUCUAGGAAUUAAGGUCUGCUCAGAAUUUAACCAGAGAGCAAUUAUUUGUUGUCACUGUUACUAAUGCUUGUCAGGAUCUUGGGCAUCUCAGCAGAAAUAUUGGAAACAUACAUGUAUAAUACCAAAGCGCUAUUUUUACAGCAUUAUUUUUCAAAACUAUGUUCUCCAACAGUUUUUCCACUUUGCACAUGGCUCCCCUCCCCUCAAUUUGGCGGCAUGCAUCUCACACAUAAAUAACACUAACUGCUAAAGAAGGGUGUAAAAAAAAAUCGAUUUUUUAGAAAUCAAGCUAAAGACUGUGAAAUGUCCAAGCACAGAAAGCAUGCACCUGAUUCUCUGAACAUGAUGCAUUCUCAGGCCUGAAAAAAGCACAUGGAGCAGGUUGAUAUAUCUUACAAGGUUCUGAAAACAAAACUCAAUGUGGAUCAUCUCUCUCCUGAGAGAAGCUGAGCAGCAGAAUAGACGACUUUCGUUGUACGUCUUUGUAGUCAACGUUUUUACUAAUUCUCGUGCUCGAGGAAAGCUUCCGAUUUCUAACCUGUGACAAAACGAGUUCUUCACGUCUUCUUGUUCUUGUUUAUACACCACAGCGUAGCCCAGGUUGAAAUACUUAUCUGGUUGUCAGAUCCCCUCGCCAUCCCUGUCUCUUCCCAGGCUUCCCCACCUCCAGAGACCACACGGGACUUUGCAAGCACAAUUUCUACGGGCACCUUGUAUGAACGUGGAUGAGAUUAGACCCGCCCCUCUCUCGUCACUAGGUUCACCGCUUGAAGAUGAUGAAGAGGCCAUUUGGGCAAGUUGACCCCAGUCUCUCCUCUCUUGUCCUCUCCCGGUUGGGCUUGGCAACAGUCUGGGAGGUGGGGAAACAGACUUUUCUAGAACAGUGAAGUUCAAGAGGUGCAUCUCUUUUUUUGGGUGUGUUCACCUCCAGUGAAGUGUUUUUGAUGAAAAGAUAAAGAAAACGGGCAUGACCCUUUAAUAACGCAUCCUUAUAUAAAGUGGAUAUAGUUUAUACCAAAAUUAUAAUAGAGAUAUAUUUUUUAAAAAGGUGCCUUUUUGAUGACCCUUGUUUAUCCAUGAUGGUCUCGGAAUGAGAACCAAGCAACCAAGCUUCUUGUCUAUUCUAUAGUAAUAUUUUAUUAUACAUGAUUGGUAUUUUUCUUGUGGGGAAAUGUGAUGGUCCUGACAGAUAUGAAAGGUGAUAGCUGAUUGUAUUUUUACCUCUAAAGGUGUAGAACUUUAGAAAAUACUGACCUUUCCCCGUCUAUUUCUGAAAAGUUCUUGAUGGAUUUAUAUACAGUCAGGAUGCAUAAACAUUAACUUUAGGUUUGAGACUUAAAAUACCUAUUGCAAGACAGAAGAAUUAUGUUAUGAGGCUGAAUUCAUUACACAAGAUGAAAUUCACUUCGUAAAUUUCUAUUAGACCUUAGCUAUUUGCUUCUGAUGCUCUAAAAGUGGCUCGAGCGUGGGUGUUUUGGGUAAUGAGACACAGAGGUGAGAAAGCUUUAGUUAAGUAAGAAGCUAUGUGAAGUAAGUUAGGAAUGCUAAAAGGAAAGUCUCUUUCUGAAGGAUCCCACGCCCAUUUGGGUCCUUUCCAGGCAACUGGCUGUCAACUACUGAUGAUCAAAAACAAAAACAAUAACAAUAACAAAAAAAACCAAGAUAUUGUAUGAUGUUUCUGUGGCCAUCAUUUCAUGAUGCUUAGACUACUGGAAUCCACUAGCCUGGAAGGAUCCCCGGGCAGAUAUCUCCCCGAUGUCCAUAUUACUUCCAUAUAUUCAUGGAAUCGCAUAUGCUUUUUGCGUUUGACACAUGGUACCCAGUUGGCAUAGUGUCUACUUCUUUGUAAUCCAGUUGCUGUUAAGAAUGAUUGACGUUGAAGGAAGAAAGAAAACUGCAUGCUAGUCCCACUCUUCAGUGUCCAUACAAUAAAUGGCUGAGCAUUGAGAAGUGGCACCAAGUGUGUUGUGGGCACGGUGUGGAAACGUUGGCCUUUGACUUGUGAUAAAAAUACAAAAUUGAGUCACUGCGCAGCUUGGCUUCUGUCUGCUUCAAAAAUGUAGAAUUGUGGUUGACGAAUUGGUAAGACCGUACUAACUUUGAGAGCAUACAGUUUUAAUGGAAACACUUUAUGGUUUUAAAAUGAAGGGGCUUAUAGAACGAUACAAUGUUAUUACUAUAAUUUGGCUUUUGUUAUGCAAAUUAACACCAGCUAUUAAAAUAUAUUUUAGUAGAAAUGCUUUAAUUCAUGUUUUCUUUCCUCUACACUGUGAAUCUUUAAGCCUUGGUGGACUAGAGCAACAUCGUGCUGCCCAAAGGACUAACCUAUGCAAACUAGUUCACAUUUUAGUGGAUGUCACAGUAAUCGUGUAAUAAGACAUUAUUUCCCCCCUGCAUAAUGUACAGCGGCAUUGGAAUAAACAUGAAGCCUAGCAUCUUGUAUGUAUAGUAUAGUCACUCACAAACCCUUCAAGGCUACUAUAAUCAUUAGUAUUAUUAUUUGUUUAAAAGUGAAUCGCCAAGUUAUCUCUUAAAUCUACUUGAAUGAUGUCAGAACAAGAAUGAGAGAUGGACGUGUCGGCUGUGGCUUCAUUGUGGUCACUGCAAGUGUCCUCUUGUGAUCGAGCUGUGUUCGGAUGCACUUUCUUCAGGAUAUUAUUAUUCUGUGUCUUCUUUCUGUAUUUGUAAAAUGUUAUAACGCUCUAAUUUUCCUAUCUCUACACAUCUGGUUUGCUUAAAUAAAUGCAGGAUAUAGCAAAA